UCUCUUCUCUGAAAAUCCAUUUCCAAUGGCGAACUUUCCAGAGAUCAGCUCCCUGUUUGCGGUGCUGGCGUCCAAUCUCCGAUCACCGGAUCCGACGGCCGGUGAUGAGGUAUCCCUCGCCGUAUCGAAUCUGAACCGUUCGCUCAAUCCGAGCGAUGCCGCGGCGGUUCGCAUUCUCGACACCGCACUCUCGCUUAUGCACUUCACUGCCCCGCAGGUUCAUGAUUCGGUGAUUGAGUUCACGUUGAAAUCACUCGUUGCGGUUUUGUCGUCUUCGAUCGAGUGUAGGGUGGUGAGAAUUGAUAAACAGCUGGAUUUGAGAGUUGGCGGAUUGAUUUCGAGAAGUGAUUGUGCCGGUGUUUUGGAGGAGUGUGCUCAUAUUCUGGAGAAAUUGGAUGGGCAAAAAGGUGAUCUUUGCUAUUCACUUUUGUACAACGUGUUCAGAGUGGCAGCGCUUGCACCAUGCUUUCCUCAUGCAUUGCUGUCAGAAUCUACUCUUGAUGCAAAGUGUCGUGAUGUGAAUGCUACUUCUCUUGCAAACCUGGUUCGCUAUAUACCAAAGCAAUGCACUUUGAAGAAUGGUGAAAUACCUUUGAGGUUACUGUCAUGGCAUUUAGAUCCAAUGAUUCUGAAGCAAGAUGUGGCACAAGUUUUGCAAGAAUUCAUCCAACGGCCAUUUCUUUCUUUAAAAACUGAAAUUUAUGACAGGAAAGAUUGGAGAUCCAAAAUCAUUUGCCUGGUGAUUUCACCAUCAAUUUUCAUCGAGACCAGGGCUCUCUUGCACAAGUGGUUCUUAAUGACGGGUUUGGCUUCUCUAAUGGAACUCCAGAGUGAGAUUGUUGGACAUGUGCUUGAUAUUAUAUCCAGACCUAUGUGGUGGGGUAUAUCCAUGGAUGUCGGAUCAAAGCUGCCAUUUUCUUCUGCAUACUUUCCCUACGAGCAUCAGUUACUGAGAAUUUUAGCUGGGCCAAUAUGCCAGGAGUAUUUCAAGCAUUUGCUUCAAAAAGUAAGUAGCUUAGAAUCUGUUGCUGGAGGUCAUUUGCUCAAAACUUCCAGGAAAGCUGCAACGGAUAUAAAUUCAGUAGAUCAUAAAUCCAUGUGGGCCAUGGUAAUGAACUUCCCAUGUUGGUUCUCUUUUGCAACUAUGAUGAUAUUCUGCAACACCAAUAACAUUAGUUUGUGUUCAGAAUCCAUCUCUGGGUAUCUUAAACCUUGCGUGACUCAUGAUCCGGAACUAACUAGUCCAGCAGAGGCAGUGAAGUUCAUCGCGUGGUUUCUGUACCCCAUGAGUGAAUCUACCCAGCGCCUUACGGCUGAUUAUCUACUCAAACUCUCGGAUUUGUGGUUAAAGAAGUGUUCAAGCCUAAAUAAAUGCCACGAGGUGAUGAAUGUUGAUAAGGAGGCUAAGAAGCCCAAAUCACGUGUUAAGAAUGAAAUAGCUUUGUACGAGCUGGAUACUUGUGCAGUUUCUCGUUGGCUCAAGGAAUAUAGAGACACAUACGUUAAGCUUAUCGGAGAGAAAGUUGGCGUUUCAACUUCCAAUACCAAAGGAUUCGGUAUCCACCAAAACCUAUUGUUAAGGAGGAUUCCAUUAGGCAUCCUGCUUCUGCAUCACGGUCAUUUAAGCACAGAAGGAUGCUCUUUGCUUUUGCAUUAUUCUGCUACUGGAACAGUCCAAGACUUUUCAGUUACUCAAAAUCCAAGACAAGGCCGAAAAAGAUGGAAACACGACACACUGAGGUCGUCCCUGAGCUGUAUUCAGCAGUGCACCAAAGCUGAAGCUAUUGCAGGGUGUAAAACUGUCUUUGACAUAACGGAUGUGGCUGACAGCAUUUCUCAUUCCAUGUGUAAUGACGAGGAAGGACUGAAUUUCGUCUGCCAAGUGAAGAUGAAGACCUGCAAUUACCUGUUGCAGUGUGUAAAAAGGUUACUAGAAAUCGAACGUGAUGAAGAUGGCAUCCGGAUGAGAAGGGAUCUUCGCACCCGAAUAAUUAGGUGGAGACAUCAGAGAAAAGAUGUGUUUCAAGACAACAAGGAUCUUGAUUGUGUAUGUGAUGCAUUGAAUAUAUAAACCACCAUUGUUCUUCAAUACAUAUAUAUAUGAAACUUCGUUAUGUAUGUAUUGGACUUGAGUAAAUUUCAUUGAAAAAAUAUGAUUUAGAAUUCA